AUGGUGGGGGCUAGCACGUCCAGGACACGCCUUCAUGCGUCCAAGUCCAAAAUUCUGUCUUCAGCUCGUGCGAAGAAGCCGUUUAAAGCUGUUGACACGAAUCCCGCUGCUUAUGAUAAGAAAGAUCCGUUCGCAGCAGUCGACGCGCUGAGAAAGCUUUUGACGGCGUUACCUACGAAACCGGGUGGAUGCCAGCUCAGAAUGACAGAAGAAGAGCACAAAUUAUCAUUACAUCUGCUGACGAUCGUCGAGCCCUUCGUUGGGUUAUCGCCGUCUCAGCGUGGCCUAAUACGCCAACCGACCGAAAACCUAGAUGAAAUCGUCUCAUACAUCGAUAGCAAGCGUGAUUUGCUUUCGUUGGCGCUAUCUUGCAAGCGCAUGUUCAGUAUUGUUUUCCCGCGGCAUUUCGAAUAUCGUGUCAUCCGCUGCAAGAUCAGCAAUAUCGCCGUUUGGAGUCAUUUCGCAAGCAAUUAUGUGCUCGCGGCCAAUGUACGAUGCCUUGAGAUAUUGGAUGAGCGCACAGCCGAAGCUCCUUGCACCCCAUCGGAUAUUCUUGCUUCUGACACGGAAUUAGAAUCCAGUGACGAUGAACUCACGAUGCAUGCAAAGCAAGGACGAUUAUUUGCGUCGGCGCUUUCGAAAAUGACGCGUUUGACUGCAUUUGUCUGGUCGUGCAAUCAUUCCCUAAUUUCACUCCACAGUAUAUGGCACACCAUACUCAAGUGCCAAAGCCUGAGAGCAGUUGAGAUUCAUGACAAUUUGGUUUUCAGCCCUACAACCGAAGAAUCAAUACCCUGCAGAACAGCCCGACCAAGGAUUCUUCCGUCACUGUCAUCCGUCUCGGUGCACAACUUCAGAAAGGGCUAUGGCCAAAACAAGACUCCAGAAUUGAACCGGAUCACUGAAAUGUUACACCAGUGCCCAAACUUGGAGUUCCCAAAGGAACUCAACGUCGACUAUAUUGCUCAAUCGGGCUUCUCCAGCCCUAGUGCUGAUAACUUCUUCAUGUAUGGACGAUGGCCGAGCCUGCGAGCUCUCAAUCUCACACACUUGACAUGUUCUCUUGACGGAUUCGACGCUGCUUCAACCUUCUUAGCAGCUCAUAUAAACAUUGAGGUCCUCCACCUUGACGUUGGACCUCGUGCGAAUGUUGCCGGACUUGUACUUGCCCCUGGCACCUUACCGCGGCUCCGUGAACUAAAGAGCAGUAAGGAGGUCGCGUGUGCCAUCAUGACAUGCCAGUCAGGGUCUCGGCCCUUGGAGACGAUCAAGGGUGUCCGCCUAACAGGCCAGCAUCGGGAUACUACUUUCUUUGAAGCGCUGCAGAGAUACAGUAUCAAACGCUUAGAACUGGUUGGUUAUGGAGAAUUUGAAGAUAUUCGUAAGUUGGUGGACCGCGUGCCAAAGCUUACAUGGCUAGACGUAGGGAAGAAGGGUAGUAUGUCUGCUCAUAAAGGACCUUUGACUAUAUCCAAUGUGGUGGACUGGGCGAAUCUACUCGAACAGCUCCCCGAUUUGACUGCAUUCCACGGCGUUCCGUUCUUCUACGAAGUAGCAACUGGGCCAAUGUCGUCUGUAUCCCUUUCGGACCGCUCGCGUAUCAAGAAGAACGAGGAAGUCGCUUCCGUCCUCGCUUGGAAGUGUCCGAACUUACGCAGGCUCGAUCAUUGGGAAGAGCAAGCCGGGAAGGUCAUCGUCUUGCUUAAGGACGGAGAGAAAUCCAAGUGGGAGGUUCGGCGAGUCAAGGUAUAA